GUUUACUUCUUUUCAUAUCGGUUAUAGUGCUUUGGCCAGAUGAGGAUUUUCAUCAUAUCGGCCACCCUAUUGGCCGUUACCUACGCAGCCAAAAACCAACAAUACGCUCCCCCUGUAGCCAUCCUCAAGCAAAUCGACAAACACAACGAAGACGGCUCCUACAGCUAUGGCUACGAAGCAGCUGAUGGCACCUUCAAAAUCGAGACCAAAUACGCAGACGGCCAAGUCUACGGCAAAUACGGCUACAUUGAUGACACCGGAGCCUUGAGAGAAGUGGAGUACGGCGCCAGCAAAAGAGGCUUCGAACCCUCUGGCUCGGAGAUCCAAGUAGCCCCUCCAACUUUGAGGAACCCUCAGAGCCCAGUGAGGCCUCUUGCCCCGGAAGAAGAAGACGACGGCCAGUACAGAGAAGAUCCAAGCGUGUACUACCAGAACGAGCCAGCAGCCCAAUCGAGGCCCCAGCCGAAGCGACCACAAGCCAGUCGCUAUCAGCCGCAGUCGAUCUACAGCCAGGCUCAGUACGAGCCUGAGCCUGAGCCGUACAGACCUGCCUAUAGGCCGGAGCCUGCCUACAGACCCGAGCCUGCUUACAGGCCGGAGCCUGCCUACAGACCCGAGCCUGCUUACAGGCCGGAGCCCACUUAUAAGCCGGCGUACCGGCCGCAGCAGGCUUCCUACAGGCCGAAGUCCUACUAUGCGCAGGAGGAGCCUGCGUACGAGCCUGAGUACAGGGCGGAGCAGCCUAGGAGCUACCAACCUGCCUACCAGCCGCAGCCACAGCCUCAGCCUCAGCCCUAUAGGCCGCAGUCUAACUUCGGAUUCAGCAACAACAUUAACUGGAAUAAUCCGCCGCAGCCGAGUUAUAACAACAAUUAUAACCAGAAUAGUAAUAGUAAUGGGCCCUCUUGGAAUGGGCAUCCUGCUAGUAAUGUGGAUCUUUGGACUGGGUCAUAUUCGGUUAAUUAUAAAUAAUAAAUUAACGUUUGGGACUGACUAGUUGUUACAAAAUGUUUUUUUUUCUGCCAUGAUGUUUUCUUUCUCAGGUGAUUUGCUUCUUGAACCUUGAAGGUUUUGUUUCUAAGAAUAUAAAUCACAGAAUACUGCCAUCGAAUGAAGUUGUAGUAGAUAAUAUUAUAUCAUAGACAAUACUUUGGGGACAAUGAAAAUUACCAGUGAGAAUGAUCCCAUUACUUCGAAAAUAGUUGUUUGUCCAAAUUUCCUUCUGGAAUCCGUAUUGCCAAACUUGCUGGAUCAGUUGAAGAAAGUUAUUAUUUCAAAAUAACUGAGUGAAAUUAUUUCGCAGGAACUACGUACUAGUCUCGUUUUCUAAUAAUGUUAUAAGACAAAGAUGGCAUAGUCUUUACAAAGUCACUUGAGACAGCUUGAUCAUAAAAAUUUCACCGCGCUUGUCGGUCCCUUUGAAUAAAUCAAAUGGACCAUGUGCCGCCGGCAAUGAUUUUUGAUGAAUUUGUUCCAAGUGACUUCGUGAAGACUAUACCGAUGUCUAGCAUUUUAAGCACAGAUCGUUAUGGAACAUUAUGAUAUUAAUUAUAUUUUUGAUCAAUUUUCUUUCGACACUAACCCAGGUGAAAAUAAUUGGUGAUGAAUUGAAACUAUCAGGUGUGUAUAGUAGCUUCUGUUUCUCAUCAAAAUACGAAUUCUUAACUCGAUUAGACGAAUACCCUUGUCAAAAAUGUUAUAUUUUUGAAAGAAACCUGACAAUAAGCACGCUUAUCUGUAGAUUUUCCAUAUUCUCUAUUUUUCUGUUAACUCCAUUCGAUAUUUAUUCUGCCUAAAUAAUAGAGGCACUUGUAUAUACCUACUAUAUGCCUCAUUACUUUUGUAUACAUAUUUGGAAAAUAAAAACCUAUACUCAAAAA